GCAGUUAAGAGGAAACGGCUGAGGUUCAUUUCAUGGUAUAUGAGGUUGACUUCGUACGGAUUGGGAGUGAGUGAGCAAGAGAGAGAGACCGAGGGAGGGAGAGAGAGAGGGGGUAAGAAAAAGAGAGUUUAGGAUUCACGCUUUGGGUCAACCAACUAAACGUGUUGCUCAAACUGAGAGGGGGAUACGAAACGCUUGUAAUGACAGCAGCGUCAGGAUAGCUGAAUUGCGUGAGUAAACACAAGAGGCAUCGCGCAGCUGAUAGCAACAAAUCAGGCAGACAGAUCCGAGAGAGAAGACAAGAAUAAGGGAUAUCCAGUUGGGUUGCCCCGAAAGCGUGGACAAGGCUGUAAACCAGAAAAGACAUGGCGGAUGCUGACCUGGACUUCACAACAGGCGAUGCCGGUGCUUCUGUUACCUACCCCAUGCAGUGCUCUGCUCUGCGCAAAAAUGGUUUUGUGGUUCUAAAGGGUCGACCAUGCAAGAUUGUGGAGAUGUCCACAUCUAAGACCGGUAAACAUGGACACGCCAAGGUUCACAUGGUGGGCAUUGACAUCUUCUCUGGCAAAAAGUAUGAGGAUAUCUGUCCCUCAACCCACAACAUGGACGUCCCUAACAUCAAAAGAAUGGACUACCAGCUUAUUGGCAUACAGGAUGGCUACCUGUCUCUGCUCCAGGACAGCGGUGAGGUCAGAGAAGACCUGAAAAUGCCAGAGGGAGACCUAGGCAAAGAGAUAGAAAGCAAGUUCGAUGCUGGUGAGGAAAUCCUGAUCACUGUCCUGUCUGCUAUGAAUGAGGAGGCUGCAGUAGCCAUCAAAGCCAUGGCUAAAUAAAACACAGCAGGGGUUGACAAGAUUCACUGGACCUGGAUAGGAGAGAAUUAGACCUCAGCAAUGCUAUCCUCCCUCCUUUUUCAUUCUUUCUUUAUUUCUCCCUCUCUCUCUUUCUGUACUUUAUAGCCCAUCUGUAGGUUAAAAACUAGGAAAUAAAUUUAAUAAUCAAAAUGUUCCAAACAAAAUUUUAAUUCUUGUGGAAUUCAUGGACAGUGGACUAAAGCACCAUAAAGAUGUAUGGCAGGGCUGGGGAAUUUAUUUAUUUUUUAUUUAUUUUUUUUGAGAAGGGCACCUCAUAACUAUUUAAUAGUAUGAGUGUACCCUUGUUGACACUUUUUUAAAAAAAAAAAAAGAUAACUACCCCUAAUAUGUUCUUUGCUAUCUUAAAUCACAGUAGCAAAUAGCUAUAAGAGGUCCAUUAUGUGGUUCAUUUUAUUUAUGAGCAAUUACAGUGCAGAGGGGAAGUGAAAAACAUUCAAGCGCAGAAUCUCCAGUGAAGGACAUAUACAAAGGCAAUGAUAUGUGUAAUAGGAUGCAGUUUUGUAUCACAGGACCAAGUGUUCUGCUUAACUUCCCUUUUAUCUUCCAGUAGCUUUAAGCAAAAUACCCUUAGGCAGGAAGUGACAGUAUCACACAAGCUGGUGAACUGAUGGAUGCAGGAAGACUUCGGAUCACUUUUAGCGCCACCCCGUUCCAAAAAUAUAAAAAUACGCUAAGAAUGAGACCGAUAACAUGCAGGAAGCCAGCAACACCAUUUUAUCAAGAUUUCCCAAGUAUUUGCUGUUUGAGUAUGCUGUGAGGUGGAAGGAGGUGCCAUAAGCCUUAGAUCUCUUGUUGAAAUAAACACAAACUUCUGCCUGUAAUGUACUCAGUCUUGGCCUAUAAUGGUUUGCUUAAUGCUUUCUGUUCACGCUUGACAGACAAAGAAACAAGUACCCCAAUUCUUUUAAGUUUGAGGGUUGGAUGAUAUUUGAGAGAGGGGGAAAAAAAAAAAGUUAAUUGUCCCCUUUAAAAUCAAUUGUGUCCUAUGUAGGCCAGAUUGACUCAUGUACAUUACACUUGACUACAGUAUGAGUAAUGUUAAGUUUUUGUUUUGCGAGAUUGUGAUUCAAAAAUAAAAUGGAAUAAACAGAAAUUUGUAUUCUAGCAAGACAACCCAGCCAAUAUUAAAAAAGAGCACAUAUAAAUCAUGUUUUUAUUUCAAUUUGUGAUGUGUUUUAGCUCGUUCGUGGUGUAAUAUAUUGACCACAGUGGCAUAACUGCUGCUGGCAAACUCCAAGAAAAAAGGUAUUAAAAGACAAAACAACAGUUAUUUGAAAAAGUAUUCUUCAUGUAAUGUAGCACAUAUCUUACAGAUCUAAAAUCUAUUAAACAGCAUUACUAACACUUCAAACUUACUAUAAAGUUAAAAUACACAGACAAAUCUUGUUAGAUUUCAGUAAAAAAAAAAAAAAAUCAAAAAAAAAAAAA